UGAAAAAUUAAAAUAAUGUGCGUCUGAUAAUGAUAAAAAUAAAAGCUGUUUUCAAACGAGUUGGGGAGCGCUCGAAAAAUUAAACACGACACGCAAUUUUAAUUCUCUUCGACCAAUUCGUCAUGUCCGCCACAAUAUCGGACGUCUGAAGAAAUCAGAAGGAUGCCGGCUGGUAUUUCGACUUUGGCGCCGUCGACGAAUGCGGAAUCUUUCGAUUAUGAAGCGAAGGAUCCGCCGGCCUUUACAAUUUUACAGAAGGAUGGCUUGGACUCGAGUCUGCCUCUUUUACAUAUCAACGAAGACGAUGAGAUGAAUGCGCAACUUAUCAACUUAAAAAACAUGAAGAACGCAAUGAAGAAUAACUUCUGUAAUCGCAGACGUAUCAGCAAAUCCAAUGAACAUCUGGUCUUGGCUAGUCUACAAUCGAAUCAAGCCAAUCCUCUGAAGAAAAAACAUCAAAGUAGAAGUCAAGAUAGCUUAACGUUAGUUGAGGACAGACCACUUACGGUUAAACCUAGCAUUGUCUUAUCAACGGAAGAUUUCAAUGAGGUGUUGAAUGCGAAAUUGAAAAAAAUCCAAGAGCAAGUCGAGGCCGAGCAAGGCCGCAAGUCGCCUAAGAAAUCGAUCCUACCGCAGAAGAAGCCCUUCAUCACGACCGUGAAGACGGGAGAAUUUCUAAUGCCGCCACCGGAAGUGGCGGCCUUGCUCGGCAUAGCGCCCAGCGGAAAGAACGAGGAGGAGGAGACCGUAGACGGAUGUCCUCUGAAGAGCAGAUUCAAAUCACUGGUAUCGCUAGCCAAGAGACCGGAGGUACGUCAUAAUAGUCAUAAUGCCAGAUGUCCAGCCGCCCUAAAGGCCACCGUAGAUUUUUCCCUCGGUAUGAUGAACGCCACCACCAUCGCUACCGCCUCAACCUUAAACGAGCAGGCAAGAAGGUUCAAGAGGAGUGAACUGACCGAUCAAUCGGUUCCUUUCGGGAAUAUUAUGUUUGACCGCCGAGUGGUUCGAGGAAGCACAUGCGCUUCCAUUCCUACUCUUAUCGAUGGAGAACAAUCGAUAGCAAGGAGGCAAGCCGAAGCAAGACGAAGACAUUUGGCGAGGAAACGUGCUCAAAUGCAAACUUGCAGAGCGCUCGUCGCUAGAUCAGGUUCGCCUCCUCCGGUUGCUGGAAGAAAACACGAACCGGUGCAAACGGAAAUUUUUCUCGAAGAGCUGCUCGAGAAACCAGACGAAUCCGAAGUAGCCACACAGACUUACUUCUUAGAAAAACCAGUACUACCAAUAUAUUAUGUAGGCAAAGUUGGUCAAGACGCUUGCACGCAAAUCGAACCCGGGGAACUCUUCGACUACGACACUGAAGUCCAACCGAUUUUGGAAGUGUUGGUAGGCAAGACUAUUGAACAAGCCCUAAUCGAGGUCCUGGAAGAAGAGGAAAUCUCUGCUCUUAAGGAGCAGCAAAGAAGAUUCCUCGAAUUGCGCAUGGCUGAGAAAGCUGAAGAACAACGAUUAGCGGAAGAAGAUAGAAGACGUAGAGAGGAGAAGGAGCAACGCCUGAAGCAACAAGAAAAGGCGAUGAAAGCUCAACAGGAGAUCGAAGAACGAGUCGCGGCUGCAGUAUUGUUAACAGGAUAUAUCGCCGAACUUUUACCUGCGGUUCUAGAGAGUCUGAAGAUGUCUGGUUAUUUACUGGAUGAGAUUAAGGCUGAUGUUGAAGAAGGUUUCAUGCCGUGGUUAAUGAAAGAAGUCAAAAAAGAAAUGGGUAACAUGAUUGAAAGCAGAGAAUUGUUAAUGGAAAUUAUUAAAGAAAUCUUGGAGAACCGCGCGCAAACAUACAGGCAGCUUGGUGAAGAAUACAAUAUUACUUCAAGAAAUAAGAAAUUAGCAGACGAAUAUAAUUUGGAAGAAGGUGAAACUGAUAGCAAUUUCGUGAAUUACCGUGAGUCACCCAUGGCAGAAAAUCAUGCAAUUUAGCGUGAUAAUUUGUUGGACUUAAUGAUGUUAGAAAAUGAGCAAAACGUAGUUAACUUUUGGAUAACAGGAUUUACCUUAACCAGUACAAAAGCAAUAUCCGAAUCCGGUACCUUCUACAUUAAGCAGUAUACACAGCUGUGCAACAAAUCCAUCUCCUUCCGUUUGCACCCUCUGACAGGUCACCGCAGCGCUCGCGAUCCCUAUCGCAAACAGUAACCGCCGAAAGAACGAGAAAGGCCUAUCAGAAAUUAAUUAUCGAUUCUCGAAAUC